CCACUACCUUGAUCUAUAUAGCACUAUAUCUGCUAUACUAAACACAUGCAGUGGGAAUGCAUCCUACUGCUAGUAAAACUCAGCCCAAAGUGCUGGCCGCUACCCCAGCAUGCCACAGCGCUCCUGACACUGCCAGCUCUACUGAGAGUGGUCCUCAGUGCGCUUCACCGAGAAAGACCCCAGGGGUCUCCAAGCCACAACAAGUCACCAGCUGCAGAGGAAAGAGGGAGCGGGUGAAAGACCCUCCAGAUGCUGCCUCGGGAAGUUCCCGCAUUCCGAGACCAGCCUGCAGGGACAUCACGGAGAGGAGGAACAUCCACCCCGCUCCUCAGCCACAGCGAGGUCACCCCGCCGUGGUCCUGCCGCCGGUAGCUUCUCCAGCCGACCAGCAGCUGCAACCACCUGAUGCCUGCCCUGCCGUACUCCUGCCACCAGAGAAGCCCCGCGCAGAUGGCCAGCUGCAGGGAGCCUGCCAUGGCCAGCUGCAGGGAGCCCGCCACACCACGCAACUAUCACAGACCACUCGCCUGCAGCUGCGGCCGCAGAAAGAUGGCCCCCCUGCGCCCCGGCCCCCAGAGAACCCCGAUACCUGGUUGCUGCUGCUCCUCCCGCCAGGAGACUGCUUCCUUGGAUCCCAGCCGCCCGGGAAACCCUCCGUCGCCCAGCUGCUGCUCCGGAUGCCGGGUGAGGACCAUCGCGAUGACUGCCCUGCGCACCAUUGUGGAGAAACGAAUCGGCAGACCUCCCUCUGACCGAGACAUGGCCACCUUCCUGAGCGGCUCCUUGGACGGCGAGUUCGCCCGCGACAGAGGCGACAUCGCCUCGCUUUGGUUCCGCGCCCGCAAUGCCACACGCCGACUAGGGAAACGCCUGGGCUGUCGCUGGGUGUGGAAUGAGGAACGACGGGAGCUGGGAAUAUUGAUACCGCAGAUCGAGUCAGAGGACAACACCGUCAUCACCCCCGGAGCCAGAGGCAUACUCGAGAGAUCCCUGAAGGCCGCCGUCCACGCGCUCUAUGUGGACACCCUGAAGAAAAAACCAGACCAGGGUAAGGCCUUCGAGGUGACCAGCAAGUGGGACUCCAGCAACCACUUCCUCCCCACAGGCAGCUUCACCCGGUUCGCCGACUGGCGGUUCAUACACCGAGCCCGGCUGAAUUGCGUCCCCCUCAACGGAGCCGUCCGCCACGGGAACUGGGACAAGCGCCGCAGGAAGUGCGGGUACGUCGCCGAAACCCUGCCCCAAGUCCUAUGCAGUUGCAAGCCCCACGCCAGAGCCUGGCAGCUGUGACACAACGCCGUCCAGGAUCUCCUGGUGAAGGCCAUCGACCCAUGCCUGGGGGAAGUCGGCGUUAAUCUCACCAUCCCUGGCACCAUCUGCUGCGCCCAGACAUCGUCAUCAUGGACGAGGUCGGAAAAAAGGUCAUCCUGGUCGACAUAAAGAUCCCGUUUGAGAACAGGAUCCCAGCCUUCCGUGAAGCCCGAGCCCGCAAGCUUGAAAAAUAUGCCCCCCUGGCUGACACCCUGCGGUCAAAGGGCUACGAGGUACACACAGACGCUCUGCUUGUCGGGGCCCUGGGUGCCUGGGACCGAUGCAACAAGCGAGUGCUGAGGACCUGUGGAGUGGGCCGUCACUACACACAGCUCAUGAGACGCCUAAUGGUCUCAGACACUAUCCGUUGGUCCCGGGACAUCUACACAGAACACAUCACCGGCCACCACCAAUACCAAGAGUGAGCCGAUUUAGACCUCGCCCACCUGCAAGGGAGAAGGGACUCGCUAACCCCCCUCCCCCCGCCCCCCCGCUGGGCCUUAUCCCCUGAGCCCCGAACCCACCCAACCUCACCGGCCGCCGCCAAUACCGAGAGCGAGCCGGGGAGACCUCGCCCACCCACAAGGGACCUAUCAACCCCCCCCCUACCGGGCCCUACCCCCUGAGCCUCCAACCUACCCCACCCCCGCUGGACCUCACCCCCCCAUCCCCCAAGCCCUGAAUCCACCCAGCCCCAUUGGCCACCGCCGAUAAUGAGAGUGAGCCGAGGGGACCUUGCCCACCCCCAAGAGGGAAGAGGCCUAUAUACCACCCCCCCCCCCGAUUGGCCUUAUCUCUUGAGCCCUGAACCCACCCAACCUCACCGGCCACCGCCAAUGCCAAAGAGUGAGCCGGGGAGACCUCACCCACCCGCAAGGGGGAAGGGACCUAUUAACCUCCCUCCCCCCCGCCGGGCUUCUUUCCCCUGAAUCCCGAACCUACCCAACCUAACUGAAUCCCACCUUGUGAGAGUCACCCCAUCACCAUUACCCAACCCACCUACUUGUACCUAUGGCUGUUUGUACCCCCUGUGUGGAUGAUUGACCCUCACCGCUUAUCAACUGUGUCUCACUCCUCCCCCCCCAUUGGAGACACUACAGUCUGUAUGUAUUACGUGUGCUGCCAACCCCAACAUAACAUCCCCCCCUACUCUGUAUGUUUCCCCCCAAUGAUCGACAACUGACUCCUCAAAUCGUUUGUACCAUUUAUUUUUAAAUGCUCUCUAUGAGCUAAGAUCUAGUCUUGUGGACUACCCAAGGCUGUGAUCAAGUGUCUUGAUGUUUUUGAUCUUCUGGCCUUCAGAUGAAAACCUUGUCUGUGUUUCUGGGACCCAGGUAAACUGAAUCCCACCCCCAACUACAUGCAAACCAUUGGAAAAACAAGAAAAUCCCAUCACACCAUGUUCCU